CCCACGACUAACCAGCAACAAUACAAGAGAUCGAGAAAAGAAAUUAGUGUGUGUUUCGCGAAAAGUUGUUAAAGUUGAUAAAUUUUAAAAAUCAUCUCAAAAAGUCGUCACAAAAUUUUGUGAGGAAGACAAUACAUUUAAACACAAUAAAUAAUAAAUAUUAAGGAUAUUAACAAAAAAUUUAAAUAAAACAUGAGAACUUCCACUGUGAGCCGAUAUGCGUUGCGUUUGACUUUUGGACAGUCUUCAACACCGGCAUCUGGCAACACCUUGACCACUACCGGUAAUCCAGACCGUGUGAUUACACGAUCAGCUACAUGCUUGGCGGUAAUCGGAAUUGCACUGUCCUCCUUCAGCCUUAAACAGAUGUUGUCAACCAGUGCCAAUAAAUCAUCCAUACCCAUGCGUAAAUUUUCAUUUUAAACAUAGCCGCUCUUAGAGCCCUGAAGAUGCUUUUAUGAAUCCCUCUUGGAAUCUUCUUCACUAUAAUCAUUUCUUUUUGCUUUGAUCGACUGUUUGAUGAACAAGAGAAUGUUGUUGGAUGUGUUAAAAAGAAUGGAGGACGAAGGAGGAAGUAACCACAUCUAUUAGUAAAGAACACACCACCAAAUUCAUAAGCAAAAAAUAGUUUCAUUCAAACAAUUACUCCAAAGUUUGGAAAGGAUAUAAUUUACAAAAUACCAAAACAUCAAUAACAAGACAACAAUGACGAUUGCUGGUAGAUUUUACAGAGCAGAGGCAAGGAUUGGCAAUGGUAAAAAAUCUACAAAAAACAGCAACAUUACCAAAAAUAACAGGUGUAAUUCCGCCCUGUGGAAAGAAAGUGGAAGCUGAUGUUUUUCGCAUGACCCUAGUGUAAAUGUGUUUUGUAAAAUACAAUGAUGUACCUUCAACCAAGUAGCAAAUAAUUAGGAGCAACAAUGGUGUAGACAGCGGAUGCAACUUGUACAUAAAUAAUAUUUUUUAUCAUUUAUUUUUUAAAGCAAAAGACAGACUUGUAUUUCCUUUAUUUAGUUAAAAGAUUUACACUUUAGUUAA